AUGGCAUUGCUCCCGAGUGUUUUCAUUCUUCAAUCCGGUUCGAGAUACUUGAACCUAACCAAGAAUAUCCCAUCCAGCUUACCUUAUGGGUUCCUUAGAUUCGAUGAAGAACAAAUAUGGAGUCCAAGGGUAAGGUUUGCAGCAGAGCCAGCAAAAACUGGAAAUGGCCGAUUUGUUCACAUAAGGUCGUUGUACAAUAACAAGUAUUUGGUGAGGAAACAAAUCGAUGAAACAAAAUCUUGGAUUUUUGUUGCAUCUGCCAAAAACACAGAGGAAGACACCUCAAAAGACUCAUGCACCUUGUUCGAGCCGUAUUCCUUGGAAGAUGAUGAGCCAACAACUAUCCGUUUACGCCAAGUUCAGCCCAAGAACUUUGUAACCUUCCAUUCAACCUCACAUGUUGAUCCCCGGCUAGCGUCCUCAACCAAAAGAUCCUUCUUUAAUGUAAUCGAUGCGGCAAGUGUAGUGGUACUUCCCACUAAAGUCGCAAUUUGGUCUAAUGAUCAUAUCCUCCAGUCCAGGAACAUUAACUCAAGCAAUUACCAGCAGUUCAUCUCCGGAUCGGAGCUCGCAGAACCACGGGCGGCUAAGGAGCUUGUUCCUACUUCUGAUGGAAACUAUCGUAUAAAGGAUGUAACCUUCGGCCAGUUUUUCACGCGUCAUACAAACUGGAUAUGGGCAGACGCCGAAGAAAGUGACACUUCGAAUAACACAACUUUUUCCUUUGUCGUGAUAGAUAACAAUACCGUCGGCAUUCGCAAUUUGGGCAACAAUUAUUUCUGCGGUGCAAAAUCCAAAAAUGAAACUGUAAAAAACUGUUUAAGUGCCUAUUUUCCUAGUUUGACAAAGCAGACACGGCUGACUGUGACAGAGCGUGUCCUUAAACGUCACAUAUACGACGUCGAAUACCGGCUCAACGACGUAAAAAUCCAUGAUGAGCAAAUGCUAGAAGUUGACACGAAAACUGUAAACAACGAGACUGACUCGGUAUCAGAAGAUACCCUUGACUUUCCUAUAACUAAGUCCAGGACCAGUACCUGGACUAGCAGUCAGACAAUAAAUUUCGGCGUAGAAGUGACAAUGACAGUCAAUGCUGUACCAUUUAUUGUUAGUGGGGAGGUCGAGUUGCGUGCUGGUUAUUCGAGUACGCAUGACUGGGGAAAGUCCGAAACAACAGAGGUUGUAAGACAGUCGAAUCACACAGUUACAGUUCCGCCUCAUAAGAAAUACAAGAUGUCGUUAAUGACUACGAUGGGUAAGUGCGAUGUCCCCUUCUCUUACACUCAGCGUGAUCUUCUUACAACAGGUGAAUGGGUCGUAACUAAAAAGGAUGACGGUGUUUUCAGUGACGUCAACAACUUUAACUUUUAUUAUGAGGUUGUGGAAGUUAAUUAA